GCCAUCAUUAACAUGAAAAUCGUAAUCGAUUGAAAAAUGAAGCAUAUGUCAUCUUUUUUGAAGGAAAUUAGGAACGAAAUAUAAAGUCAACAGACUUAUUCUUAUAGCUUAUAAUCAUGGCAAGCAGACCACGUUCAUUUUCUAAAAGUGGUGAUUCCCUUUACGAACUAUUGGGUAUUCCAAAAGGGGCAACGAAUGAUGAGAUCAAGAAGUCAUACAGAAAGCUAGCUUUGCGCUAUCACCCAGAUAAAAAUCCAGAUAAUCCAGAAGCAUUAGAAAAAUUUAAAGAAAUAAAUAGAGCUCAAUCUAUUCUACAAGAUUCAACAAAACGUGGUAUAUAUGAUAGAUAUGGUUCUUUAGGUAUUUAUGCUGCUGAUCAAUUUGGUGAAGAAAAUGUUAAUACUUAUUUAGUUUUAACUAGUGGAUGGUGUAAGGCAUUAGCUAUAUUUUGUUGUUUUCUGACAGGAUGUUAUUGUUGUUGUUGUUGUUGUAUGUGUUGUAAUUUCUGCUGUGGUAAAUAUAAACCCCAGGCACCAGAAGAUGAAGGAGAUUACGCUAAUUUACAUGAAGAGAAUAGUAGUACACCAGAUGAAGGUUCACCUAUAACCUCUCAACCAACUGCUAUGCCUAUGCCCAUGCCUAUGCCUCCUCCCUCUUCAACCAAUACAACAGCUGAUACAACAGAGAACUCCAGCUUAAAUAGAGAACCCAAAGCAAGCUAUGGUGGUGCUGAAUUACAAGGUGAUCCCUUAUCAAGUUGA